GCGUAUACGUACUACUUUCAGCAUUCAAUGCUCGCAGUUCACGCGUGACGCGUCACUCGCGUUUACGACUUAGAUUAGACCAACAACUGAUAGAUUAUAGACGCAACGCGGUCGGUGCAUUCGACAGAUUAAAUUUUCACAGACACAAUGGCGUACCUACAAUCGAUGCCCAAGGCGGAAACAAUCAAGCUCCGCGAAAAGCACAUUGGGGCGGCGUGUCAAUUAUUCUUCCGUUCAUCACCAUUAAAAAUUGUCCGCGGUAUCGCGCAAUUCAUGUAUGAUGAAACGGGCGAAAGAUAUCUCGAUUGCAUCAACAACGUUGCUCACGUUGGGCAUUGCCACCCUCACGUGGUCGAGGCAGGUCGUAACCAAAUGUCUCUGAUAUCAACCAAUAACAGAUAUCUCCACGACGAGCUAGUGAUCCUAGCUGAGAGACUGGUUAAGACCCUGCCCGAGCCUCUCUCUGUCUGCUUCCUCGUCAACUCCGGAUCUGAGGCUAAUGACCUCGCUCUAAGGCUGGCCAGGAUCCACACAAAGAAUAAGGACGUCAUCACACUCGACCACGCGUAUCAUGGCCACCUUACCUCUAUGAUCGAUGUCUCCCCGUACAAACUGAACCUACCAGGAGGGCCAGACAAGCCAGAGUGGGUUCACGUGGCGCCCGUACCAGAUAUCUACAGAGGGAAAUAUACAUACCCUAAGGACUCAAUUUCUGAAGAGGAACUUGGGUUGAUGUUUGCCGAUGAGGUCGGCUCAUUGUGCAAAGAAGCCAAGAAGAAGCAUGGGGGCGUAUGCGCAUUUAUAGCGGAGAGUCUGCAAAGUUGCGGCGGACAGAUCAUACCGCCUGACGGCUACUUGAAGAGAGUAUAUGAGUACGUCCGCGAAGCCGACGGAGUAUGCAUAGCUGAUGAAGUCCAAGUGGGCUUCGGCCGCGUGGGCUCCCACAUGUGGGCUUUCGAGACGCAAGACGUGGUGCCUGACAUAGUCACCAUGGGCAAACCCAUGGGCAACGGCCACCCGGUAGCAGCCGUCAUCACCACCCCAGAAAUAGCUAAGAGCUUCGCUGAUACUGGCGUGGAGUACUUUAAUACUUAUGGCGGCAACCCAGUAUCCUGUGCGAUCGCGAACGCUGUUCUCGACGUGAUCGAAGAAGAACGUCUAAUGGAACGCGCCGCUCGCGUCGGCAACCAUCUCCUGUCCCGCUGCGAAGACCUCAAGCACAGGCAUAGCUUAGUCGGCGAUGUACGAGGCAGAGGAUUGUUCGUCGGAGUCGAACUGGUCACUGACAGGGAAGCGAGGACCCCAGCCACCGCUGAAGCUAAACACAUCGUUAACCGGAUGCGCGACGAAAAGAUCCUGAUAAGCCGCGACGGCCCCGACAGCAAUGUGUUAAAGUUCAAACCGCCUAUGGUGUUCACGACGCAAGACGCAGACCGAUUGGUGGAUACCCUGGAUAGAGUGCUGGGAGAGCUGGAUGGAAACAGGAUAGCUGUGCCCAAACUUACAUUGGAGGUCCGUGUCACCCCUAUCACUGAGGAAGCAGCAAGCUCAGAUAGCCUAAGGAAUACCAUGCAGCAAACCGUCAAAGCCACGUGACGGAGUUUUAAUGAAGGCAAUUCAGGUUUUUGUUCCUAAGUAAUAUUAGCUAUUGUAAAAUAUUUACUAGUAGUUGUAAGGCCCGAACUCACCAAAGGUUAAAUUUAACGGUUAUUUAUCCGUAAACUGCGAUUAGUUAACAAAUUCAAUAU